AUGGCUGUUUUCACAUUCGAAGACCAAACCACUUCACCCGUUGUCCCUGCUACCCUUUACAAAGCUCUUGUCAAAGACGCCGAUGACAUCGUCCCAAAGGCUGUUGACUCCUUCAAGAGUGUUGAGAUCGUUGAGGGCAACGGUGGCCCCGGAACCAUCAAGAAGAUCUCUUUCGUUGAGGAUGGAGAGUCAAAGUUUGUGCUGCACAAGAUAGAAGCAAUAGAUGAGGCUAACUUGGGAUACAGCUACAGCAUAGUUGGAGGUGUUGCUUUGCCAGAUAAAGCAGAGAAGAUCACAUUGGACACCAAACUGAGUGAUUGA